AUGACAUCCAAGAACACCAACCCCGACGACCUCCUUGCGCAGCUCGAUGACCUAUCGACAGAAGGUCACCAAAAGCCACGACAGACAAGACCGAUCGCAUCGAGAGCGCCAAAGUCAGGACAUGGAAGUACAUCACAAGUAGAGCAAGAUCUGCUUGCCGAACUUGGAAACUUGGCGCAGAGACCCUCAUCUCGACCUGGAACUCCUUCCUUGAAACCCAACUCGCGGCAACCAGGAAAUCAGUCUCCGAAACGAGCUACCACGCCGAAUACCGCGAGUUCUCGAUUGAGUGAAGAUAAAGCUACUGGUAGUGAUAGAAAGUCAGGCGAUAGUGCGAGAUCGAGUGGAAAUGCAUUUACACCUGCCACGACGACGGCAGACGACAGUCCGGCUGAGGAACAGCCGGCUCCGGUACCAGCUCAACAAGCUAGCGGAGGAGGAGGAGGAUGGGGUGGCUGGUUUAGCAGUAUUGCCUCCUCGGCAGUCACUCAGGCACAAGCACAGGUGAAGAAUUUACAGGUCCAGGCACAACACCAAGCUGAACAACGUGGUAUACAUGUAGAUGCGAAGACUUUCACUGAGCAGUUGCGCGGAAACCCUACUGGCCUUCUCAAGGGUCUUGGUGUGUCCUCAGACACAAUUGGAAACCUUCGCAGCAUAGCUAUGCCAACUUUUCAGAACAUAUUACAGACCAUUGCGCCGCCGAUCAGUUCGCACGAGCGCUUGGCUGUACACAUCACGCACGAUCUGCGAGGCUACCCAAGUCUAGACCCCACUGUCUACCGGGUCUUUGAGAGAGUCAUGGCUCAGGUCGAAGGUGGUGAUCUAAUGGUAGUGCAACGAGGUGAAGAAGCUGGUCCCAAGAGGUCGAGUCGAGAACUUGGCAGCAGAAUGGGUAUCACGAGUAUGAGCGGCGCAUGGUCCGAUGGACCCUGGUGGAGGAUGCAAGGUCCAAGAAGCACAAAUGCUGUCAGAGGUCUUGCAGAGGGCACCAAACUCGUGAGAGCGAGUGCAGAGGGCUACGCAGCAGACUUCUUCGCCUCGAAAGGUGGUCUUGAGGAAGCUGCGAAGAAAGCUACUGAGACGUUGAGCGAGAGUAAUCCCACAAGAGACAGCUCGAUCUUCCUGGCUAUUCAAGCUAUAACUCAACCGAUAUCGGCAGAUUUGUUUGCAGGCUCAGGCGCGUCCAAUGCUGACACCGAAGCCGAAAGAGACUCGGGUGACGAAUUCUUCUUCGCGGUCUACCUCCACGACCCUAUCCAUGGUAUAGCGUUCAGCGCUGUCAGUCAGUCCGUGCCUCUGCAGUGGGUGGAUUGGCUCGAUGCACCUGGUGAUGUCGAGGGUGCUCUACCUGAGAGUAUACGCGAGAUCAUCGAUGGUGGUGGAGUUGAUCCUCGAGAAUGGAUCAGUGAGUGGAUGGAGGAGACAUUAAGUCUUGCUGCUGGCACUGUUGCUCAGAGGUAUGUGGCGAGGCGUAUGGGAGUUGGGGAGAGUAGCAGUAAAAGUAAGGGGACGAGAUUGAAGGCUGACAUCAACACUGCGCAGGUAUCUGAGGGAGGUGCGGGAGAAGCAGCUCGAGCUGGUAUUUAA